CUCCCAGGUUCUACGGAGACGGCGGCCUCUUUUGAGUUCAAGAACGAAGACCACACCUUGGGAAAUGCCUUGAGGUUUAUAAUCAUGAAGAAUCCUGAUGUCGAGUUCUGCGGUUACUCCAUUCCUCAUCCCUCCGAAGCAGUCAUGAACAUCCGGAUCCAAACAUAUGAUAAUACAAGUGCUGUGCAAGCACUGGAGAAGGGCCUCGAUGACUUGAUAGACCUUUGCGACAUCGUCGAUGACAAGUUCAAGCAAGCAAGGCAAGAUUUCGUGAAUAGAAUGGAUUGA